CAUGAAGCAUCUUCAUGUGGAUAUUCCAGCAGGCAGAAACAGGAUUCAUCUUCAUACCGUGCAAACACACUGCACUGACAUCUCGCUGAACAAACACAAUCUGAUCAUUUGCACGUCCGCUGCUUUUUACUUUAUGAGGAAAAACAUCCUAAAAUGAUCAGCUUUUCUGAUCAAAUAAUUAGAUGAUGUUUCUAUAAACGGCUGCAUGAUGCUUGCUUCGACGUGACUGCUUGUCUUGAAUCAACCAUCAUGUGAGUGUGAGUGUAUCCUCCCGAGGAUGCGACUGAUGGAUGCGAUCGCUGCGGUCCAUGAGUAAAACGCCUUGUCGCUAUCAUUAUCGCUCAUCCCUGAUAGACGAGGAGGAAGCGGAGAAGAGAGGAAGGCGUUGUUGCUCAUCACAUUUUCUUGUCACAUUGAUGCUAAAACACUGUCCAUGGGCUCAGAGCGGCUGGAGAUGCGUAAGAGACAGAUGCAGGUUCACCAGGAAACAGCUGCCAGUGUCCUCCAAGCACGCCACAGAAUGGGAAACACCCCCACCAACGCCUCAAACGCCUGCUGCUUCUGCUGGUGCUGCUGCUGUAGCUGCUCCUGUUUGACUGUUCGGGGUGAGGAUGAGACCGUACAGAGAUCGUUUGAGCACAGAACAGAGGGAACCACAAACUGUGAAGAAAGCCUGAAGCCUACUCUGGAAGACGCCCGCUCCUGGUCGAUUUCGUUUGAGAAGGUGAUGAAGAGUGCAGCCGGCCGCAGCUGCUUCAGACAGUUCCUCAGGACGGAGUUCAGCGAGGAGAACAUGAUGUUCUGGCUCGCCUGCGAGGAUCUCAAAAAGGAGACCAACAAGACUGUGGUGGAGGAGAAAGUGCGUCAAAUAUACGAGGACUUCAUCUCAAUCCUGUCCCCUAAAGAGGUCAGUUUGGAUUCCCGCGUUCGAGAGGUGAUAAACCGCAACAUGCUGGAGCCGACCUCGUGCACGUUUGACGACGCUCAGCAGCAGAUCUACACGCUGAUGCAGAGAGACUCGUACCCCCGCUUCAUCAACUCCUCUGAGUACGCGGAUCUGCUGAAGAACGUGGAGGAGCCCCCCCCUGAGCCGUAGACUCCAGAACCGCCACACACUGAACUUUUCAAAACGGCGCAUGCGUCCCACCCGAAGGAGUUUUCCGUGGUGUGUUUUUCCUGCCGGAGUACAGAAAGACAGACACUUCUUUAGACUUGUCUUUAUCCAGCUGUUACUGCUGUUUAUUUACCCAUGAUUAGCUUGGAGCAUACGAGAACAAAUGCUACGUCCAGCACCGGUUACUUGUUCAAAAAACAUAUCUAUAUUUUUAUAUACUCCCAAGCGCUUGACAUUGCACUUUUCUACCUUGUUUAAUGAGGGACAGCAUGUAUCUGUGAGCACUGCAUUUGUAUUUAGGAUUACUGAGCCUUAAUGCAUAUCCAGUUCUUGUAGAAGCUAGUAGGUUUUAUUUAACAGUAACUGAAGAAGAAGGAAAGUGCCUUGGAAUAAGAUCUUCUAAACUCGCACCUUUGGUCGAACAAAAACACGGUGCGACAAAGACUUCACAUGUUGGUGCUUUCAGCUCUUCUCAAAGAACCGUUUUUACAACUCAAUGAGCUGAUACCCUUGGAUAGAGCUUGUCUGUGUUUCAAUACUGUGAUAUUAGUCAUGAAAUAUUUACUUUAAAUAAAACAGGGACGAAGAGAGUACUGGAUACACGACCAUGAUGACCACUGAUAUAUUUGUGUAUUUACAAAAGGAUCUUGUGUGAAAUAGAUAUUUGAAUUCUCACCAAUCAAAUAAAGCACAAUCAUAUGUUG